ACAACUGUGCACCUCAUUUGAUAACCACACAAUCUUGCCCGCCAUUCCUUUUUUAUUUUUUUUAUUAUAUUUAUUAUUUUUUUGGUAUGAACUAUAGCAAGUCUUUGAAGCUGUAAAUCAAUGGCAAUGGCACCUUCAACUCCCACUAGCGGGUCUGGCAAGAAGGUUAGAAAGCCUUAUACUAUAACCAAGUCUAGGGAGAGCUGGUCUGAGGAAGAGCAUGACAAAUUUCUUGAAGCUCUUCAACUAUUUGACAGAGAUUGGAAGAAAAUUGAAGAUUUUGUUGGUUCAAAAACGGUUAUCCAGAUUAGGAGUCAUGCCCAGAAGUAUUUCUUGAAAGUUCAGAAGAAUGGGACAGUAGCACAUGUGCCUCCUCCUCGGCCUAAGCGCAAAGCUGCUCAUCCUUACCCACAAAAGGCAUCCAAAAAUGUUUUGGUGCCAUUGCCAGCUUCCAUGGCUUAUGUUUCUUCAACUGGUACCCUCCCACCCGGGUAUGUCACAUGGGAUGAAAAUUCCUUGCUCGUGAAUGCUGGAUCCAACAAAUCUCAAGAAGAAAUCAACAAUCUUCAUGGAAGUGAAGCUGAUAUUGGACCAAAGGGGACAACACGAAUUGGCCACACCAGUCUUAGUGGUGUUGGGAACUCUACUAGAAAAUUGCCUGCCACUGAGAUGCCAAAACAAGGGAACCAGGGUCAGGUUCUUCAUGGUUUGCCAGAUUUUGCUGAAGUUUACAGCUUCAUCGGAAGUGUUUUUGAUCCAGACACAAAAGGCCAUGUCCAGAAGCUGAAGGAAAUGGAUCCUAUAAAUUUUGAAACUGUUUUGUUGUUAAUGAGAAACCUCACUAUCAACAUGUCAAAUCCUGACUUUGAGCCCAUUAAAAAGGCCAUGUCAUCAUACGAUGCUAAUACAAAGACAGGAGUUACUGCAGGAAUAGAUGUCAAGAAGCAGACAAAUGAUGUAUCAUGUCAAACAGCUUGACAACCAUUUAUUGAACUAUUAUGUGGUCAAAUGAGGAUGGAAGACUGUGGUUGUAAACGCAGCCAAACCAUCAGCCUUUGUAACCACAACCGGGAGAGUGUGUUAGAAAUGCUACCAAAGCCAAAAAUACAUUCUUCAGGUAAUUCUUAAGGUGCACAUGGUUUUGUAGUAUUGUAGUGAUCAUAGUACGUGUUUAUAGGACGUGGUUUUCAAGUAGACACGGGUCUAAUAGCAAGAUAAAGUUUGAUGGUUCAGGUGUAUUAUUAAUAUCAAUUGGUGGUGGUGGUGGUGGUUGGGUGGGAAGGGGCUGGUUAUAGUAGCUUUCAAUGUGGCCUAACUUUCAAUGUAAUUGUAAAUGAUAAAGAGCAUCAUAACGGGAAGUGGACCCAAUUUCUAA